UACGCCCGAGAAGAUGAUGAUCUGGAGACUCUGGAACGUGAUGUGAGGGAAGAAUCCGGAUGGAAACUUGUUCAUGGGGAUGUUUUUCGACCAUCCCAAAACUUAGCUCUGCUUUCAGCUGUUGUUGGAACUGGGGCUCAGCUAGCAACACUUGUUCUGCUCGAGAGGAGCAAUUGUCACAACCUUUAUUGUAUGUUACGCUUUUACAUCAUUUAUUGCUGGUUAUGUAAAACAUGGAUAAAGUCAAUGAUCCUAACGGCAUCACUUUUCCCUUUUGUUUGUUUCGGAAUUGGCUUCAUCUUGAACACGAUUGCCAUAUUCUAUGGUUCUCUAGCCGCCAUACCUUUUGGCACGAUGUUGCUCGUUUUUGUCAUUUGGGCUUUUGUUUCUUUCCCGUUGGCACUUCUCGGGACUAUUGUCGGGAAAAACUCGAGUGGUGUCCCUAACAAUCCUUGCCGAGUGAAGACUAUCCCUCGUCCAAUCCCGGAUAAGAAGUGGUAUCUCACGCCUUCAGUUAUCUCUCUCAUGGGAGGUUUGCUUCCUUUUGGCAGCAUUUUUAUUGAGAUGUAUUUCGUCUUCACGUCCUUUUGGAAUUACAAGGUACCUUUUGUUUUGUUUGACGUGCUUUUUUUUUUUUAA